UAUAUCACAACUGUGACACAUUGAUCUAUUAUACUUACAAAGAAAUCACAUACGGCGACCAAACUAAACACGCAAAAAAUGAUGAACCUCGUAGCUCUCUGUCUUGUAAUGGCUUCCCUCGCCGGAGCAGGUGUCUUCUCUCCCACCCCACAUGUCCGUCAUAACGACGCCGGCGAGCAGACUAUCGUCAAGGAAGGUCACAGAGUGGUUGUGGUGGAAUACGACGAAGGCGGCCACCGUAACACCAAAAUCUCCAUCACCCCAGAUCAUCUACCACAUGGCAGCGAGAAAUUCAUCUACGGCGCCGGAGCCGGCGAUCACUCAGGCACCAAGGACAGAAUAAAAGAAGCUGCUUCAAUUCUCCCCAACGUGGGCCAAGGCCUCUCUCAGGAUUUUCCCCAUAAUGAUAACCAGUAUCGUUCAUUUCUUCACAGUACUCCUAAGGAGCUCAUUUGCGACGCUUAUGGAAAAUGCAAGCACAAGAUCUCCGACGCCAUAGGAAGAACGAAAGAGAGUGCAGAAGAAGCCAUAGACACGUCGAAGGAUGAAGCAGAAGAAGUUCGUGAGACUAUCUCCGAUGCAGCUGGUAAGGCCAAAGAUACUGUGUCACAUACAGCACAUAACGUUCGAGCAAAAGCUAAAGAUGCUUUGAAAGGAGCCAAAGAAAUUGGUGAAACUGUGGCAGAUUCAGUUGGUAAGGCCAAAGAAACAGUGUCACAUAGGACACAUUACGUACAAGAAAAAGCAAAAGAGACUCUGAAAGAAGCCAAGGACACAGGUAAUACUUUCAGAAAGGAUGUUUCUGGAAAUGUUUCAGAAGCCGUGAAGAAUGUUAGGAGCUAUAUAGGAUCAUCAAAGGAGAUGCUAGAUCAAGCGAUGAGUGUGGCAAAUCUGAUGGGUUUCGCGACUGCUUAUGGAUUGUGUGUUUGGGUUACGUUCGUUUCGAGCUAUGUGUUGUCCAGGGCUAUGCCAAGGCAACAAUUUGGAGUAGUUCAGAGUAAGAUUUACCCUGUUUAUUUCAGGACUAUGGCUUAUAGUGUUGGAUUGGCUUUGUUGGGGCAUGUUUUGAGGCAUAGAAAGACUCUGUUUUUCAGCAAAGCUGAAAUGUUGCAAGCCUAUAAUCUUCUGGCCUCGCUUUUCACUGUUUUUGUCAAUUCCAUGUACUUGGAGCCUCGUGCCACAAAGGUUAUGUUUGAGAGGAUGAAAAUAGAGAAAGAAGAAGGAAGGGGAAGGGGAGAUUUUACCGCUGAACUUAACAAAGGGAGUCAGCACACUACCCGGACAAAUCCAGCCGCCACUGCGCCGACAAAGGAAGGAGGAGAGAAAGACGUGAUCCGAUCCAGGAUUAUUAGACUGAACGACAAGCUGAAGAAGCUAAAUUCAUAUUCAUCACUGCUGAAUAUUCUGAACUUGAUGUCUCUAACUUGGCAUCUGGUUUAUUUGGCUCAAUGUCUUCACCAUGAUUGUUGAGCCAAAUAGAGGGCAGUAAAUUUUCUAUGUUGGUGCUUGAAAAUAUAUGGUUGGUUUCUUUUCUUUUCUUUUCUUUUCUUUCUUUUUGUUUUUUUUUUUUUUAACUUCUGUAUCUUCCAGGUUUUACGUGUUUAGUUACAGAACAUCGUGUUGCAGCGUCCAGACUAGAUACACCUUAGCUAGAUAUAGAAUUGAAGCUUGCUUUAGAGACAUGUAGGAAAUUGCUUGUGCUGUGUUUUUCAGAUCUGUACAAAGAAGUGCUUCAGUGUUAAUAGAAGAAGUUGCA